CGCGGAGCCUCGUCCCCCCGGGCGGCCCCGGGCCCCUGCCCUAUGUCCCGCAAGGCGAGCGAGAAUGUGGAGUACACGCUGCGGAGCCUGAGCAGCCUCAUGGGCGAGCGGCGCAGGAAGCAGCAGGAGCCGGACGCGGCGAGCGCGGCCGGGGAGCGCAGCCUCCUGGCGGCCGCCGAGUCGAGCGCCAGCCUGCAGGGCGCGGGCGCGGGCGGCGUCGGGGACCUGGAGCGCGCGGCGCGGCGGCAGUUCCAGCAGGACGAGACCCCCGCCUUCGUGUACGUGGUGGCCGUCUUCUCGGCGCUCGGCGGCUUCCUGUUCGGCUAUGACACGGGGGUGGUGUCGGGGGCCAUGCUGCUGCUCAAGCGGCAGCUCAGCCUGGACGCGCUGUGGCAGGAGAUGCUCGUGUCCAGCACGGUGGGGGCGGCCGCCGUCGCGGCGCUGGCCGGCGGGGCCCUCAACGGCGUCUUCGGCCGCCGCGCCGCCAUCCUGCUGGCCAGUGCCCUCUUCACCGCCGGCUCCGCGGUGCUGGCCGCGGCCAGCAACAAGGAGACGCUGCUCGCCGGCCGCCUGGUCGUGGGGCUCGGCAUCGGCAUUGCUUCUAUGACAGUGCCAGUGUACAUCGCUGAGGUCUCGCCACCCAAUUUAAGAGGUCGAUUAGUCACCAUUAAUACCCUCUUCAUCACAGGAGGGCAGUUCUUUGCAAGUGUUGUUGAUGGAGCCUUCAGUUAUCUCCAAAAGGAUGGAUGGAGGUACAUGUUGGGACUCGCAGCAAUUCCAGCAGUGAUACAGUUUUUUGGCUUUCUCUUUUUACCUGAAAGUCCUCGAUGGCUUAUUCAGAAAGGACAGACUCAGAAGGCCCGUAGAAUCUUAUCUCAGAUGCGUGGUAACCAGACCAUUGAUGAAGAAUAUGAUAGCAUCAAAAACAACAUUGAAGAAGAGGAAAAAGAGGUUGGCUCAGCCGGACCUGUGAUCUGCAGAAUGCUGACUUACCCCCCAACUCGCCGAGCUUUAAUUGUGGGUUGUGGCCUACAAAUGUUCCAACAGCUCUCAGGCAUUAACACCAUCAUGUACUACAGUGCAACCAUUCUGCAGAUGUCCGGUGUUGAAGAUGAUAGACUUGCAAUAUGGCUGGCUUCAGUUACAGCCUUCACAAAUUUCAUUUUCACACUCGUGGGAGUCUGGCUUGUUGAGAAAGUGGGCCGCAGAAAGCUUACCUUCGGUAGUUUAGCAGGUACCACUGUAGCACUCAUUAUUCUUGCUUUGGGAUUUCUGCUAUCAGCCCAGGUUUCCCCACCCAUCACUUUUAACCCAAUAGCUCCGUCAGGUCAGAAUGCUACUUGCACAAGAUACAGUUACUGUAAUGAAUGUAUGUUGGAUCCAGACUGCGGUUUCUGCUACAAAAUGAACAAAUCAACCGUCAUUGACUCCUCUUGUGUUCCAGUUAAUAAAGCAUCUACAAAUGAGGCAGCCUGGGGCAGGUGUGAAAAUGAAACCAAAUUCAAAACAGAAGAAGUAUUUUGGGCUUACAAUUUCUGCCCUACUCCAUACUCCUGGACUGCACUUCUGGGCCUUAUUUUAUAUCUUGUUUUCUUCGCACCUGGAAUGGGACCAAUGCCUUGGACUGUGAAUUCUGAAAUAUAUCCCCUUUGGGCAAGAAGUACAGGAAAUGCAUGUUCAUCUGGAAUAAAUUGGAUUUUCAAUGUUCUGGUUUCACUGACAUUUUUACACACAGCAGAAUAUCUUACAUACUAUGGAGCCUUCUUCCUCUAUGCUGGAUUUGCUGCUAUGGGACUCCUUUUCAUCUAUGGCUGUCUUCCUGAAACCAAAGGGAAAAAAUUAGAGGAAAUUGAAUCACUCUUUGACAACAGGCUAUGUACAUGUGGCACUUCAGAUUCUGAUGAAGGGAGAUAUAUUGAAUAUAUUCGGGUAAAGGGAAGUAACUAUCAUCUUUCUGACAACGAUGCUUCUGAUGUGGAAUAAUUUUCAGCUGCUGAUAUAUUUAGUCAUUUAAACAAACUUGGGGGAGAAGAGCAGCAAUUGAUGACCUCACUGCCCUGCUUCUAAUCUGGUUCUUUGCACAGUCUAGUUGUGAAUGACUUCAUAUUCUAGAAUAUUUGAUUAGAAGGAAGAUACAACCAUGAUGACAUUUUUUUUCCACAAGCAGCAAUGUAAAAAAAUAUUGACAGAUUUUAAACUAAUAAUUAUUGAAUAUGUGUAAUUCCUUCCUGAGAUAAUCUAAAAUGUAUCCAGUGACUUCAGUGGUAUCCUUUUUUCCUAAGACCAUAUAUAAUUAUUAGUGGCAGUUGAGUCACUGCUAAUCUAGCCAAAUCAUAUAUGUAUGAUAUACUCAUAAAGAAGGAUUCUGGGAUAUGGCCCAAGCGUGUUUUCUGUCCAAACAUGGCCUAUUGGCCCUAAAUUUUCCUAAGGAGAAGUAGCUUAUCUGUGAUCAGCUAUUAGGAAGUAAAUUCCAUUUAAGCUUUCAUCAACAAAUUCAAAAGUGCCUCCUACAAGGGCACAGCUGUCCUUAUCUCCUUUGGAUUCCACAUUUUGGUUUCUCUCUCCAAUUCAGAUCUUGAGAGUUCUUCAGAAACUGACUAUGCACAGGAUAUUUUGAACAUUAUGAAAAGCAGGUCUUUUAGGGUUUAUUUUCAUACAUAUUUUUUGCAGCAGUGAUAAGUAUACAUUUGCACA